UACCUGAGUUGGGUGCUGGCGGGGAGCCUAGGCAGAGGAGAGCCAACCUGCUGAGGAGGUAGUCUGGGCAAAGAGGACACAGAGGACACAGAGGACGGACGCCUAUUAUUUGUCAUCAUGCCGAGAAAACGCGACGUGUCUUCGGAUGAUGUUGGGAUAGAGAUAGACGGGGAUUUGAGUGACAGCGAUGAUGGUGCCCCCCAAAAGAGAACAAACAGGAGGCAGGCAGCAGGAAGAGGAGGUGUAAGGGCAAGAGGCCGGGGAAAGAAACCAGCCAGCGAGGAUGAAGAUGAGGAUGAUGAUGAGGAGGAUGAAGCUCCGAGGGGACGCAGGGGAGCGAACAAGAAGAAGCCUGCAAAGAAACGUGGUGGUGGUGACGAUGAUGACAGCGAGGACGAGGCUCCCAAGAGGAAGCGAGGAGGGGCGGCCAAUAAGAAGAAAGGAGGCAAAGCCCAGGACAGUGAUGAGGAGGACAGCGACGCGGGGAAAGGAAAGAAGGGGAAGAAAGGAGGAAAAAAAGGAGGGAAGGAUGAGGAGGAGGACAGUAAGGGAAAGAAGGGGGAUGCCAAAGGGAAGGACAAGGGGAAAGACAAGGACAACGACAAGAAGAAGAAGAAGAAGGACGACAGUUCCUCUGAUUCCAACUCCAACUCCGAUGAGGAGGAGGAGUCCAUGUCAGAGGGGGAGAUGGCCCGGCUGAUGGAGGAGGUGGAGGAGAAGAAGAAACUGAUUGCUAACAUCAGGAACAAGCCGUGGAGGAUGAAGCGGAGGCUCACACACCUGAAGGAGGCUCAGCAGUUUGUGGAUAAGUUUGAAGGGGCUUUGGGCAAGGGAAAAGGCAGGAAGUGGUACGCCUACAAAGUGAUGAUGACCAAGAAAUGGAUCAAGUUCCAGAGGGAUUUUGAGAACUUCAGAACAGCCUGUAUCCCCUGGGAGAGGAAGAUUAAAGAGGUGGAAAGUCACUUUGGGUCGUCUGUGGCGUCUUACUUCAUCUUUCUGCGCUGGAUGUACGGCAUGAACCUCGUCCUCUUCGGCUUCACUUUUGGACUGGUGGUCAUCCCUGAGGUUCUGAUGGGUCUUCCCUAUGGUUCCAUUCCCAGGAAGACUGUCCCCAGAGCAGAGCAGGCCACUGCUCAGGACUACUCUGUCCUCAUGGACUUCAACGGCUACUGCAAGUAUUCCGUCCUGUUCUACGGGUAUUACAACAACCAGAGGACCAUCGGCUUGCUGAAGUUCAGGCUGCCUCUGUCCUACCUCAUGGUCGGGAUCGGCACCUUCGGCUACAGCCUGAUGGUCGUGAUCCGCACAAUGGCGAAGAACGCUGAUGUCGGUGGCGGAGACGGAGAUGAAGGAGAGUUCACAUUUGCCUGGAAGAUGUUCACCAGCUGGGAUUACCUCAUAGGCAACUCGGAGACCGCCGACAAUAAGUACGCCUCAAUCACCACUAGCUUCAAGGAGUCCAUCGUGGACGAGCAGGAGAACCAGAAGGAUGAGAACAUCCACCUGCGGAGGUUCCUCAGAGUCCUGGCGAACUUCCUGAUCACCUGCAGCCUCGGCGGCAGCGGUUAUCUCAUCUACUUCGUGGUGAAGAGGUCUCAGGAGUUUGCCUCCAGGGACGACCUCAGCUGGUACGAGAAGAACGAGUUGGAGAUCAUCAUGUCUCUGCUGGGUCUGGUGUGUCCUCCUUUGUUUGAGACCAUCGCCGAGCUGGAGGACUACCAUCCUCGAAUCGCCCUCAAGUGGCAGCUGGGACGCAUCUUCGCCCUGUUCCUGGGAAACCUCUACACCUUUCUGUUCGCCCUGUUUGACGAGGUCAACACCAAGCUGGAAGAAGAGGAGUCCAUCAAGAACGCCUCCAUCUGGGCCAUGAAGGAGUACUAUGCCAACUACACGCGUCUGAUCAACGACACCGAGUCCACCCCGCCCCCCAUGGACCCCUCUGAUGUCAUCAGAGGACCCUGCUGGGAGACCGCCGUUGGCAUAGAGUUUGUGAAGCUGACCGUGUCAGACAUCCAGGUGUCCUACCUGACCAUCCUGAUCGGUGACUUCGCCAGAGCCGUCAUCGUUCGCUUCCUCAACUACUGCUGGUGCUGGGACCUGGAGGCUGGCUUUCCUUCAUAUGGAGAGUUUGACAUCAGUGGUAACGUGCUUGGAUUGGUCUUCAAUCAAGGGAUGAUCUGGAUGGGUGCGUUUUAUGCUCCUGGGCUGGUCGGCAUCAACGUGCUCCGCCUCCUCAGCUCCAUGUACUAUCAGUGUUGGGCCGUGAUGGCCACCAACGUGCCCCAUGAGAGAGUCUUCAAGGCCUCCAAGUCCAACAACUUCUACAUGGGUCUGCUGCUCCUCAUCCUCUUCCUCAGUCUGUUACCUGUCGUUUAUACCAUCAUGACCCUGCCGCCCUCAUUCGACUGCGGACCCUUCAGUGGGAAGUCGAAGAUGUUUGAUGUGAUCAUGGAGACGAUAGAACUGGACCUGCCAGCCUUCUUGGGGACACUCUUCAGCUACGCAGCCAACCCAGGCCUCAUCAUACCAGCUGUCCUGCUCAUGGUACUGGCCAUCUACUAUCUGAACUCGGUGUCUGAAGCCUACCAGAACUCAAACAUGGAGCUGAAGAAGAAGAUGCAGAUGGCUCGGGAUGAAGAGAAGAACCGCAGGAACAACACGGACAGCACAAACCAAGUCAUGAAAGACUUGGAGGACCUGCUGCCCAACAAGUCCCUCGCCCCCCCUGCUCCACCCGAGCCUGAAAAGGCACCAGAGCAGGAAGCAAAGCCGACUAAGACGAAGCCCGGGUCCGCCGGUAAAGGUGUAAACCUGCAGAAAGAUGUGGCACUGGCAUCCCCUAACCCCAACGUUCGAGGGCCGGUGAACCGGGCCCCGGGUCCUAGAGGACCUGGAGGAAUGCCGGGUCCAGGUCCAGGCCUGGGUCCAGGCCCAGGCCGAGGGCGAGGCCGUGGGAGAGGGCCUCCUCCACGAUAACAGUGUUGAAAAAAAAAACGCAUUCCUGAAGGCUCCCUGCACCUCCUCAUUUCACAGCGGGAGACACAAAAACAAAGUGUUUGGAUUUCAGGGAUAAAGACCUUCAUCAGGUCUCCAUAUUUCCUUCCUGACAUCAGCAACAACAAAAUUACAGCUUUAUAGACUUUAAACUACAGCACUGUUACACAACUCAAUUUGGUCUUUACUACCUUAUGAUUCAUGAAGGAAGGUUGUGUUGUUGAUCCAUGUUCCUGCCCGGUUGAGUGACAGUGGGCAGGCACUGAGCAUUUCCAUUCAUCCUGUAUGUUAAUUCUUAUGGAUUUUCUAUGACUGAGACAUUUGUGCCUCAGGCUGUUUUGUUUUCUCUCACACUACUUUGUAAUUUAUGA